AUGGUGAAUAUGGAUAAAAAAGAAAAUAUUAUUUUUCAAUGUGUUGAGCGGUCGAUCGAAAUGCCCAUUGGUAUUUGUGGUAUACUUAUGGCAGGUGGUGCCUAUUGUCCACUUAAUCCAGACGAGUAUCGUGAUCGUCUCGAAACACUAAUCGUUCAAAUUCCUGGGCGUCUAGUACUUGUGCAAGCAUUCACUAGGAGUAAGGUCACUUCAUCAACAAUCCCUAUGGUAGAUCUGAGCAACAUUAUUCUUGACACAUUUGAUAUUGAUUUCGAUCGUUUGGAUCAAGUCUAUAUUAAUGCAAAUACUUCAUCCAUCAUUAUUGGAUCAUCUGGUUCUGUCGGUACACCUAAAAUUAUCGUUCAUACCCAUUCAAGUUUCGAUUCACUUGAAUAUUCACUCGAGAAUAUUGAUUUACUCAAUAAAUAUGACAUUGUAUUACAAAUAGCCUGUUGUUCGUAUAUAAUUCAUGUAUAUGAAAUUCUUAAUUGGCUUUUAUUUGGUGCAACUGUUGUGUUAUUGAAACCAAAUAAUCACAUGAUUGUGUCGUGUAUUAUUUCAAAUAUUCAUCGACAUCAAAUAACUUCUAUAAUUACCGGUCCCAGUACACUUCGUAUGCUAGCGGCAUAUUUAAAUGAUCAACUACCACGUAACGUACUUGCUUCAUUACGCACUCUGUGCACCAUUGGUGAAGCACCACAACCUAAACAUUUGGCUAAACUCGCUAAAUAUCUCCACAGACAACACCGCAUUAUUUGUCUCUAUGAUACAACCGAAUGUUUGAUUGUUACCGCUUUUUAUGUUCUCAAUCCACAGCAUUUGUCUGACUCGGAGAUAAUUCCACUUGGUUCGCCAUUACCUACAGUAAAGUUUAUUGUUGUUGAUGACGAAACACAACAACCAAUAAAACGUGUUGGACAAGUAGGUGAAAUUCACAUUGGAGGUCCCAUGCUUUUCAAAACAUAUCUCGAUGAUGCAUUAGAUACUGGAAAAUUUUUUCUUCGUUAUGGCAAUGAUCUUCUGAUGAAAACACAGGACUUGGCCACCCUUGACGAACAUGAUCAAUAUGUAUAUAUAGGUCGUCGAGAUUUUCAAAUACGAAUUCGUGAUCAACAGAUUCGAGCAGAUAUUAUCGAAAGUGUCCUAAUGGGAUCUUCUGUUUCUAUUCAAAAUUGUGUUGUAGCUACAAUUGAUCAUAACGAGCAGAGUUUUCUGGUUGCCUAUCUUGCAUCUUCAUCGACAUAUAGUAUGAUCGAUAUAUCUCAAAUUAAAGGUUAUUGUCAAAAACAUCUUACCACUAAUAUGAUUCCAAAUAAAUUUGUUAUACUUGAUCAACUUCCAUUGAAUAUGAAUGGAAAAAUUGAUCGAAAAAAAUUGCCGAUACCUGAAUUCGAUUCAAAUUUAUUCGAUAUUGAAACAACCCCUAUGAAUUUAUCAAUAUUAGAAGAUCAAAUUGAAUCAAUUUGGUGUGAAACUAUAAGACAUAUUGAUCAUUGUUCUUCUACUACCAAUUUUCAUUCUAUUGGGGGAGAUUCUCUUCAAUUUAUUCAAAUUUUUAAUCGAUAUCAAACCGAAUUUUCACCAUCAAACACUCUCAAUAUCAGCCUAUUUCUAAAUCAGCCAACUCUAUCAGAUCAUGCACGUUUAUUAACAUGUCAAUCGAACAAAACAAUACAAGAUCGAUCCAUAUGGUCUACUUUAAACUUACAAGAAGGCAUAGCAUCAUUUGCACAAGAACGUAUCGCUCUCGACGAAUACGUUCGUUUCGGUGAAAAUACGGCCAUCUAUAACGAAUUAAUUGUAUUUCGAGUCGUGAUUAACUCAUUCUCACUUGUUCGUCUUGGUCAAGCUAUUCAAUCGGUUUUAGAAAAGCAUCAAGUAUUACGUACGUCUGUUUUUCUCAAUUCCAAUGAUGGUAUUUUUAUUCAACGCGUCUUGGAUGGUCACAAAACAUUUCAUUUCUCUCCUAUUCAGACAUUUGAAAAUGAUGACGAUCUUCAUUCAAUAAUUUAUCAAAUAAGUAUCAAUCCAAAUCUAUUCGAUGUGUCCAAUGGUUGUGUAUUUCAUUGUCAAGUUCUUAGACGAAAUACGAUGAAUAAAUAUAGUACUAAUGAAGAAUUACUUAAUGUAGACGAUGUUUUAGUAAUUGUCUUUCAUCAUAUUGCAUAUGAUCUAUUGUCUCAACAAAUAUUUGUAGACGAUUUAUCUAUUGCCUACAAUACGAAUGGAUCAUUGCCAAUUGAGAAAGAUGCUUUUAACUACAUAGAUUAUUCUGUAUAUGAACGUGAAAUCGAUAUGACGCCAUCACGUGAAUUCUGGAGAUUACAACUUGUCGAAUAUAACAUCAAUAAACAUUUUACAAUUCCUAUCGAUCGAUAUCGUUCAUCAUAUGAUAAACGAUCAAUAUUGGCCUCGGUUGCUGAAUUAUCAUUCGGAGAUCUUUCUUGUUCCUUUCUUGAUUAUGCUUCCGUUCAUCAAAUGACACCAUUUCAACUUGGUCUUGCCACAUUCUAUGCUUUUAUCUUCAAACUUACGAAUGGUCAAAACGAUCUGUGCAUUUCAUCUGUUAAUGCAAAUCGAUAUCGAGAUGAAUUAUAUAAACUAAUAGGAAUGUUUGUUGCUACAGUACCUUAUCGAAUACAAUUUAAAUCUGAUAUAUCCUUCGAACAAUUAGCUAAACAGGUGAAAGAACAAUGUUUGUCAAUACUCGAACAUUCACACUAUCCACUUCAACAUAUUCUUGCCGAUUCGUAUCAACACUACUCGAAUAUUAAUUUUCUUGAAAUAGCCUUUGAUUUUAUUACUCAGUCAAGAAAUACGAAUCGAUUACUUUUCGAUACAGCCAAACUCGAAUCAGUAUCAAUACCACUUAAAAAUACAUUGGCCAAGUUUGAUUUUAUGUUUACAUUUGUUCUUGAUCCAUCGAUUCAGUCUAAUACCAUAUCAUUUUCAUUGGCUUGCUCUAAUGAUCUAUUCGAUCAAAUAACUGUAGAAAAAUUAGUUCGUCGAUUCGAAUUUCUCUUUGUUCAACUCUUUACUAACAAAUCCAUCGAUCAAACAAAUCAAAUGAAGACAUCAAUAGCGAAACUAUCUAUUAUACUUCCGGAAGAAACAGAAGAAAUACAACGCAUGUGGUUUCAUCAAUUGCCUAACAUUAUUCACACAGCUCGUGCUUCAUACGCUCAAGAAUUAAUAUGGCCUGAUGAUCGCAUUAAUAUAAUUUUUCCCUAUCGAGUCUCAUCUGAUGGUGCACUAUCAAUUCAACGACUUCGUCAAUCUCUGAAUCUGAUUGUUAUGAAACAUGAAUCAUUGCGAACAAUGCUCUUCGUCAAUGAGAAUGGUGUACUUAUGCAGCAGAUCAAUGAUCCAAUCGAUACGUGUCAACAGUUGUUUAUUGUUGAUGAAAGCUCAUUUGAAACUGAAGAUGAACUGAAUAAUAUAAUUCAUGAUGAACGAUGCAGUCCGAAUCAUUUUGAUCCAUCUCAUGGUCUCCAAUUAUUUGAAUGUAUUGAUGAUCGACCCAUCUAUGAGCUAUCGCUGAUUUUACCGGAAGAAAUGACAUUAAUUCAAGAAUUAAACAACACAGAAGUCGUCUUUUCACCUUUUAAUUGCGUACAUCAUGAAUUUGCUUAUCGAGCAAGUGAACACCCACAGAAAGUGGCACUUGUACUUGACGAACAAUAUGUAACUUAUGGCGAGACACUCUUUUAUGUCGAACAGCUGCAGUCCUAUCUCGGCGAACGUCGAGAUCAAAUUAUUUGUCAAUGUGUCGAAUGCAGCAUCGAAAUGAUUAUCGGUCAGAUGGCAAUUAUAUCAUCGGGAGCCGCCUACUGUCCCCUAUCGCCUAAUGAUCCAUCAAAGCGUCUCAUUAAUUUGGUGAAACAAACACGAGCUCAAUUAGUUCUUGUUCAUUCAGCAACAAUUGAUAAACUUGACAAAGACCUCGAUGUGCACAUUGUGAACCUUUCUUCAGCUCUUUUAUUCAACGAUGAAUUGUGGCAACCCAAUAUCGGCACACAUCAACUAUUAUCUUUCAACAGUCUCGAUGACCUUGCUUAUCUAAUCUUCACAAGUGGUUCCACUGGUAUACCGAAACUGGUUUCAAUCACACACAAUAAUUUUAUGGCAUGUAUGUUCUCCUAUAGACAUGCUGCAAUUCUAAGCGGUCACGAUGUCGUUAUUCAGAUGGCACAAUGCUCAUUUGAUGUACAUAUCGAAGAAUGUCUGGGAUCCUUGGUGCUUGGAAGUUCUCUGGUCCUUCUUCAUCCAGAAGGACAAUGGGAUCUGGAAUAUCUUUCAAUAACUAUUCAGCAAUGCAAUAUCACUUUUUUUGCUGUUGUACCGUCAAUCAUGUCUGUUCUAUGCGAUUAUCUCAUGGAAAUACGACAACUUUGUCGUUUGGAUGGAAUUCGAGCGUUUGACUUCGGUGGUGAAGCUAUUCAGACCAAAGUUCUCUCCACGAUAAUCAAACGUCUCGAUCCGAGUAAUGUUUUAUUCUUCAAUGUGUAUGGUCCUGCCGAAUGUGCAAUCGCUUCGAUUUACCAUCGAAUAACAAAGAACGAGAUCGAACAAGGUCUAAUUCCUAUCGGAAUUCCUUUUCCCAAUAUGCAAGUUCGAAUACUUGAUGAGUUCUAUCAACCAGUAGUCCCUGGUAUGGACGGCGAGUUAUUUCUUGCUGGUGUUCAACGAUUUUUGGGCUACUAUGAUCAAGAAGACCUGACAAGAGCAGCUCUUUUUGGCUCAUUCUAUCGCACAGGAGAUCUUGUUCGAAUGGACAAUAAGGGUUUACUUCAUUAUAUCGGUCGCAAAGAUCAUCAGAUCAAACUACAUGGUCAGCGCAUCGAAUCGGGCGAGAUUGAACGAUGCUUGCUUGAUGCUUCGAUAUCUGCCUGUGUCGUCAUCAAAGAGGAUGAUGAUCAUUUGGUUGCUUAUGUCCAAAAAUGUAAUAUGAACGAGGAGCAAUUGCAUGAAUAUUGUUAUCAACAUCUGCCAUCACAUAUGGUUCCAUCAAGAUUUAUUUUAUUAGAGCAAAUGCCAUUAAAUAAAAAUGGAAAAUUGGAUCGAAUGCGAUUGCCUCGUGUCGAAACUGUUCGUGUGCAACGUUCAAUUAGAUUGCCAUCAACAUUGUUAGAAGAACAACUACAGACUAUCUUCGUCAAUGCUUUUCAUUUGUCUCAAGACGUUAUAGAUGUGACCAAAUCAUUCAGUCAAUUAGGUGGCACAUCAAUAGGAGUUAUGCGCGCUCUCUUCACUAUUCGUAAAGAAGUGUACGAAAAAAUGGAAAUUAGCCUUUUGCUAUCCAAUUCAUCUAUACGUCAGUUGGCCACUGUACUCGAAUCGUUGCUUGUCAAGAAUAAUAACGAGAAAGCAAACGAAUCAGCGAGGGAGACUGACUCGUCUCCGUAUCCAAAACCGUCGUUAGCUAUCGAAACACUUGGCAUUCUUGUCUUGAUAUACCAAUGGUUGAUUCCAAUUUACAUAGCUUACAUGUUCAUGUGGCCGGUAAUUUUUUCUAUUCUUUUCAUUUCAUCAAGUCAUCUGAUUACCUACAUUGCUUGGCAAUAUCUAUUGGUUCCAUCAAUAGCGAAAGGAUGUCGUCUGCAGCUCUUCUCUCUGGCAUACUACCAAUGGUGGUUUCUUAAUCGAAUAUGGAUACUAAACAGAAAUAUUUGGCUUCGGCCUCUUGUUGGCACACCCUUUUACAAUACUUAUUUACGUGCAUGUCGUGCUCGCAUAGGAAAUAGUGCACAUAUUUAUACAACAUUUAUCGAUGCUCCGUGGCUUGUCGAAAUCGGUGAUGGUACAUUUGUAGCCGAUGAAGUUUAUUUCAACAAUAUCUCUUAUCAAAGCCGAACUUUUGAACUUCAUUCAAUUUCGAUUGGUUCUUCGUGUUCAAUUGGAACUCGAAGUGUUCUUUACGAAGGUGUGCAAAUAAAUGAUGGCUCUUUGAUUGAAUCAUAUUCAGCUGUUAAAGGUUUGUUGAUCAGCUCAGUUCCACACAACCUAUCAAAGUCAUCUCAUUUGCCUCUUGGCGUACUGUUUCAACUCACGUGCCUUGUCAUUAUGAUUGUUCUACAUGAUUUCGCAUUGAAACUUGCUGCUACAGUCUACCUGCCCAUGCAACCACUCUUUCUGUCUCUCACUCUUUGCUGGCUUGUGUGGACCGUCGUAGCAGCCAGCAUUGCCCUACUUGCACUCAAAUAUAGUGUUGGUAUUGUACAGAUCGGCACGUAUGCUUUAAACUCAUGGCCUUAUCUUCGUUGUCUAUGGCUGCGUCAAUUGAUUGUUUCAUCUUUCGCCUAUUCUCUGUCAGCACUACUGGACGACUAUCAAAGUUUCUCUCUAAGGAUACUUUCAUGGCUUGGUGUCGAUAUACAAGGCACUAAUAUUAAAUUGGCCAAUGUUUUACCCUUUCUUCGUUUUUCAUCUCGUCUUCUCUCCAUUGGUGAUAAUGUGACCACGUUCGGUGAGGUUCAACUUGUUCCAUUUGAUGUCGAUAGUAGAGGUCAAUGUACUGUUGAUUUUGUGUCAUUGAGCAAUGGUGUUACUCUAGGUAAUGAAUGCUCUGUUCAUCCCGGAGCAUCCAUUUCCGCUGACACACUUGUUGGCACUUUGACACGGAUAACACGAGACACACAAUGUGUCGACAACAAUAUUCUUCUCGGUAUUCCAGCUUGUCCUAUGCCAUUUGUCCUUCCUCUCGUAGAGACUAAGCCAUCUCAUUUAAGAGGAAAAUCGAUUGUCUUCGAGUCUGUUCUUCAAGAAAUACCAGCCAAAAUGAUAUUACUAAUCGUUCUGUCUGUCAUUUUCUGGUCAACAGCGAAUAACAUUUUUAUUACAUCAAUCAUAUUUCCUAUGGUUUAUUCAGUUCUCGUAUGUUUGCUCAAUCGCUGCUAUACACAAUUUCAAUCAACUAGAUAUUCGUCAACAAAUAUAGUAAAUGAUUGGCUUUAUGCACUGUUAGAUAAGCUGACAAGUGACUGCCACAGCCUACUGAAUCCCUUCGUGGGUGGUACUCAAUGGGUUAUCUAUUUUACACGAGGUCUUGAAGCUCGAAUUAUCGGCAACGAUGUUAUUCUAUCCGAUAGUAUGUAUGGCACGGAGCAUCAUCUGAUCACGAUUGAAGCACAUGUAAGAAUAAGUGAAGGAGCUUUUCUUCAAGUAAGUCAUUACAUAGUCUUCGUCGCGUGA